AUGAUCGCAUCGAUCGGCGUGCUUCAGAGUUCAAUCUGCGAGCGUUCGGAAGAACGUUAUCGAUUCCGUGACGAGAUACAACUACGAUCAUCACACCAGAAGUUACCUUUGAUCUAUGCACUCUUUCCAUCGCACACACCCGAACAAAAUUUUGUAGGAAACGACAGUCCAAAGGCAUAUCUGGCUUUAACCUGUAAUACUAACCGUACCAGCGGCCAUUUCCACUGCUUCCUGGCCCUUCCGCUUUUGGAAGAUGCAGAGCACUCAUUCUGGUCACCAAUCUUGGCAGCCAAUCCAGGGAAUCAUGGUACUUUUGAGGCUACCCAAAAUAUUGGAUAG